AUGGUCAGCUGCGGGUGGGAGUACUUGGCAGAGAUUGGGCAGAAAAAGCAACAAGAGGAAGAGGCCCUAAAAGGAGCAGAAAUAGAGGAAACCAGGCGGGCAGCCCUGACCGACCCCGGCGGCGGCGAGGACGGGGAAAGCGCUGCGGUCCCCUCCUCGCAGUGCGCUGGCAGGGUCCGGGUCCCAGCCUCCCCACCACAGCCCAGCGCCCUCCUAGGCCUCCGUGCGGGAAUGAUUGCAAGAAAUGGAAACCUGACGGAGCAGAGUCGUCCACUGCUCCGCGGUCGCAGGUGGAAGGGUCGACUGCUUGGCGAGCUUCAAGUUAAGGCUCGAGGCGCUGGCGUGGCCCGCCUGCACCUGAGCCGCAUGACCAGAGAAGGCGAGAAAAGCAGAUCGUCCUCUGCUGAGGCCCGCCGUCCCGGGCCCGCCGCCGCUGCCGCCGCCGCCGCCGCCGCGGGCGCCGGCCGCUCGCUUUACGGUGGGCCCGAGCUUGUGUUCCCCGAGGCCAUGAACCACCCCGCGCUGACCGUGCACCCGGCGCACCAGCUGGGCGCCUCCCCGCUGCAGCCCCCGCACUCCUUCUUCGGCGCCCAGCACCGGGACCCUCUGCACUUCUACCCCUGGGUCCUGCGGAACCGCUUCUUCGGCCACCGCUUCCAGGCCAGCGACGUGCCCCAGGACGGGCUGCUUCUGCACGGCCCCUUCGCUCGCAAGCCCAAGCGGAUCCGCACGGCCUUCUCGCCCUCGCAGCUGCUGCGGCUGGAGCGCGCCUUCGAAAAGAACCACUACGUGGUGGGCGCCGAGCGGAAGCAGCUGGCCGGCAGCCUCAGCCUUUCCGAGACGCAGGUGAAGGUGUGGUUCCAGAACCGGAGGACAAAGUACAAGCGGCAGAAGCUGGAGGAAGAGGGGCCUGAGUCUGAGCAGAAGAAGAAGGGAUCCCACCACAUCAACCGGUGGCGCAUCGCCACGAAGCAGGCCAAUGGGGAGGACAUCGAUGUCACCUCCAAUGACUAGGGUGGGCAGCCACGGAUCCGUGAGGGCGGAGCAUCUGCUCGCUGCCGGCCAGGCCCCCGGGUGGGCCCAGCUGGACUCUGGCCGCUCCCCUGCCAGGCUUCGGGGAGGCCUCGAGUCAUGGCCCCACAGGGCUUGGAGCCUGGGGCCACCACGGCCAGAGGGACAAGAAAUGGGCUGGCUGAGGCCUGGGACUGCACAACCUUCUCCUCAGAGAGCCUGCCUGCCUGGGUGGGCCGCCAGCCACUGCAGCCUCCCAGCCAUUCUCCAUUUCUCUUAUCUCCUGUUUGUUUUAAUGCGUUUCUGUUUUAAUUUAUUUUCCAGGCACCCGCUGUAGUUCUUAGUGAUCCCCUUGUACCUCCCUUCCCUAUGGGAAUAAUAAAAGUCUCUCUCUUAAUGACAUGGG